UUGCUUUCACCGUCAGGUGCUUACAUUGUGCAUUGCAUGCCUUGGAGCAGCUGCCCAGGUGGAAGGGGUGUUCUGCUCACAUAUCAGAAGGGCAUUUCAUCCUCUGGGCUGUAGUAAGGAGUGCAGUGGUGCAGCCUUCGAGUGGCAGGGCAUCUGAGGUUCUAUUAGUUGGGUUCGUUUGUGGUUUUGCUUCUUUACUCUGUCUUUCUGGCCUAAUCUGUCCUCUGAGUCCUUUGCACUGUUGUAUUCUUUGCUUGCUUCCUCCUUGGAGUCAGACUCGACACUGCUAGGGCAUUCCCCAUGCCGGAUGGUGAGCAGGACCUGGCUCAAGCACUGUCAGAACUUGUAAUUCUAGUUAGUUCAGUGUGGGCCUUUGAUUCUAGAACACUCCAUGUGGGCACUAGAGACUGGGUAAAUACAGAGCAGUGCUGACUUUACUGACAAAUUGCUAGGUAUAUGAAAGGAAUACCAGGUUUUACAGUGCUGUUUUUCCUCUCCUGCUAACUGAUUCUCACUCAACGGGUUAUGUUAGCUCCCUUCACAUAAAAACACUGAAGGACAUUUUGUAAGUGAGACAAGUAUUCUGUGAGAAACGGUUUUGCAGAGCUUCUCCCUCUUCUAAUUAAAUGGGUUAAAUUACCUCAUGAGUGCCAGAUUUCCCUUGUUUAGAGAGUGACCGUGAGAAGUAGUUUAGUUCCUAUGGUGCCUGAACAUCAAAGACCUUUUUCUGUGAUGAAUUUUUUUCUCAUUUUGUUGCUUUGUUAGGUUAUGGUAGUUGUUUUAACUUUUAACACUUUAACUUUUAAGUGUUGAACACCUUCAGUACUCUGAAUUACCCCAGUCAGAAAGAAGACAAAUUCGUUUUUUGCCUUUAGGAUUUCAGGAAGGUUAGCCACUUCCUAGUGUUAGUUAGCCACCAGCAGGUCAGUGCUAAUGUGGGUGUUCAGUGACCAGGAAACCCGAUAAUUCCACAAACCAGUGACCCAUGAUAAGUAUGUAGACUUUACACUUUGUAUUUUGUGUGUAUGAGUGUUUUGACUACAUGUGUGUCUGUCCACCUCUUAUGUGCCUAUGGAGGCCAGGAAAGGGCAUCAGAUCCCUGGGAUUCUUACUGGUGGCCACAAGCCACCCUUAUAGGGGCUGGGGAACAAACCCAGUUCCUCUAAUUGUUGUCAACUCUCUGAUAGUCUUUUUUAUUUUUCUUAUUCUAGUAUGAUUUUUUUUUCCUAAAUAAAACACUCCUGCUCUAUAAAGCCAAAGCCUUUUUUUUAACCUUUUCUCUUGGAAAUUGCCUAUCUUUGUUCUUUGGGAAAUUAUACAUCUCCAAGGUCAUGUCAGGGAUGAUCUCUUGGAAGUCAGAGACAAACUUUCAGGGGAAUGGAGUUCUGUGGUAGAGUGGUGGGCAUAGCAUGCUCCAGGCCCUGGGUUUGAUCCUUAGCACAACACACUGAAAUGUUCAACAACUUGAUAGAGGUAAGCCGUCCACUGCCAGUGUCCCUGUCAUAGUCGCAUUGUUGCCUGAGCUGUACUUUUUAAUCCCUGUGUUGUUAUAGUAGCAAGGCUUUCAAAGCUGUGUACAUACUAAAAAUAAGCCAGAUGUGGUGACACAUGCCUGUUAAUCUCAGCAUCCUGGAGACUUAGGCAGGAGAAACGAGAUCAAAGUCAGCCUGAGCAGCUCCAUGUGUGACAGAGUAGACGUAGGCAGUGCUGUGGAGGUGUUCAGCACGUACCAGGAGGGUUAAAGAAGUUAAUGCUUCAACUAAUGCUGAGGGAGAAUGGAAGUCUGCCUCGGAAGAAGGCAGUAUAGAUGUGGACUCCAACCAAGUCCUUCAUUAUCUGCAUAACCAAGGGAAACCCUACCCAUUCUGUGACCUCUUUCUUAUCUGUAAAUGGUUUGAUACUAGUAGGUCCUUCAUGGUAGUGCUGGAAGACUUUAGGUAAUAUAUUUGAACUGCUCAGCAAAGUGCCUGACUGUGCUACUGCCGCGUGAUAAUUUCUUUUAAUAAAUUUUGAGACCGGGUUUUUCUGUGUAGCUCUGAUUGUUCUAGAACAUGGGAUGUAGACCAGGCUGGCCCUCAAAAUACAGAGAUCUGCCUGCCUCUGCCUCCCUAGUGCUCAGAUCAAAGAUAUGUACCACCAUGCCAGUAGUUCUUGCCAAAUUUUAAUUAUUAUCAGUAUUAUGAAAAGAGAAUGAAGGAGAGGAAUCGGUGGAAGUAGUGAUAAGGCAUAUGUAGACCUGGUCUCCACUCAGUCUGGGAACUGCUGAAGACUGUUGGAGAAAGGAGCUAGCUAGAGGUGAGGCUUGAUGAGUGGAGGCACAGAUUCAGGUGAGUGGACUUGAUGGUAGAAGAGAGGCCAGUCUCAAGAGAGCAGGCUUUCUUAGUGCCGCCUUCUUGAAUGUGGUGUUCUAAGUGUUCUGUGUGGAGAGUGAUGCUCUAAGGGGGUCUCUGUUGUUAGUCUUUGCUCAUUCACAGACAAAGAAUGUGAAGCAUAGAGUUCAGUAACUAACUAGAUAACAGGAAAGACCUAUGAUUGGAGGCCAGCCAGCCCCAUCCAGAUGUGCGCUGAACUGCUUCUCCUGUGGAGGAGUGGAAGGAGACUGCAGACUAGUAAAGGAGAGUCACUAGGACUUGAUAUUUGGAUGUGGAGAAGGAAGGAACACUAAAAGAGAGACAUUCCAUAGGCUUGGGCAGCUUGAAAGGCUCGAGAACCACUUUGGGACGGAGAAAUUCAAAGAAAGAAAUGAGGCAGUAAGAGAAUGUGGUGAAUCAAGCGUGAGAUCUACUGAUUUUGAAGUUACUUAGAGCCAUUGAAUAGGCACUUGGAUAUUCUGGUCUGAAUCUCAGAGAGUCCAAUUUGGAAUCACUGAUUUAGUAGCCAUUGGUGGACCUGUAGGCAAUUGUUGAAACCAUGGGAGCAGACAUUCUAAUAGAACCUUUUAGCUUCUCUGUACCAGGGAAUACAGUUUUAAGCUUAGAUUGGUUCCUUCCUUCCUUCAUUUAUUUAUUAAGCAAACUUUAUGAGGCUCCUGCUCUGUAUUAGGAGCUGGAGACCUAUAUAUGAAUAAGCUGUAAAAUGUGUUUUUAAAACUGCUUGUGAUCCCUUUGGAGAGAAAGAAACUCAGUCAUGUGCAUGUGUUAGGUAGAAGUAUGCUGAAGCUGGCCUGCAGAGAUUUCCUCAUGUUAGCCCAGACGCAUAGUAAGAAGUGGCAGAAGUCCCUGCAGUAUGAACGGGACCAGCGUAUCCGACUGGAAGAAACUCUUGAGCAGCUGGCGAAGCAGCACAAUCACCUGGAGAGAGCCUUCCGGGGAGCCACAGUGCUGCCAGCAAACACUCCGGGCAGCACUGGGUCUGGUAAAGAGCAGUGCUGUUCUGGCAAAGGGGACAUGAGCGAUGAAGAUGACGAGAACGAAUUCUUUGACGCACCAGAGAUUAUCACCAUGCCUGAAAACUUGGGCCACAAACGUACUGGUAGCAAUAUCAGUGGAGCCAGCAGUGACAUCAGCCUUGAUGAACAGUACAAGCAUCAGCUGGAGGAGACCAAGAAGGAAAAGAGAACCAGAAUACCAUAUAAGCCAAACUACAGCCUCAACUUGUGGAGCAUCAUGAAGAACUGCAUUGGAAAAGAGCUCUCUAAGAUCCCAAUGCCGGUAAACUUUAAUGAGCCCUUGUCCAUGCUUCAGCGCCUUACUGAAGAUCUGGAAUACCAUGAGCUGUUAGACCGAGCUGCCAAGUGUGAGAACUCUCUAGAACAGCUCUGCUAUGUGGCAGCCUUCACCGUUUCCUCCUAUUCCACUACUGUCUUCCGAACCAGCAAGCCAUUCAACCCUCUCCUUGGGGAGACAUUUGAACUAGACCGACUGGAGGAGAAUGGGUAUCGAUCCCUCUGUGAGCAGGUGAGUCAUCAUCCCCCUGCUGCUGCGCACCAUGCUGAAUCCAAAAAUGGCUGGACAUUGCGUCAGGAAAUUAAAAUCACCAGCAAGUUUCGAGGCAAAUACCUCUCCAUUAUGCCCCUUGGUACCAUCCACUGCAUUUUCCACGCAACUGGGCACCAUUACACUUGGAAAAAAGUUACCACAACAGUACACAACAUUAUUGUGGGCAAGUUGUGGAUAGAUCAGUCUGGUGAGAUUGACAUUGUAAAUCACAAGACAGGAGACAAGUGUAAUCUUAAAUUUGUUCCUUAUAGCUACUUCUCUCGGGAUGUAGCAAGAAAGGUGACAGGUGAAGUGACAGACCCAUCAGGAAAAGUUCACUUUGCCCUCCUGGGGACAUGGGAUGAGAAAAUGGAUUGUUUCAAAGUACAACCAGCCUCUGGGGAAAAUGGAGGUGAUGCUCGGCAGAGAGGCCAUGAAGCAGAAGAAAGUAGGGUCAUGCUAUGGAAGAGGAAUCCAUUACCGAAGAAUGCAGAAAACAUGUACUACUUCUCAGAGCUUGCGCUCACUCUCAAUGCCUGGGAAGGUGGCACUGCUCCUACAGACAGCCGGCUGCGGCCUGACCAGAGACUGAUGGAAAAUGGGCGCUGGGAUGAAGCAAAUGCUGAGAAGCAGCGUCUGGAGGAAAAACAGCGACUUUCUAGGAAGAAGAGAGAAGCAGAAGCUAUGAAAGCCACAGAAGAUGGCACACCAUAUGACCCCUAUAAAGCACUGUGGUUUGAGCGGAAGAAGGACCCUGUCACCAAGGAGCUAACCCAUGUUUAUAGGGGCGAGUACUGGGAAUGUAAGGAAAAGCAGGACUGGGGUUCUUGCCCAGACAUUUUCUGAAGCAGCUGUAACUCAAAGGAAGAGGGCUGAUCGGAGAAGACGGCAGAGGAUGUCCGUGAAGGCUGGCAGCUGGGACUCUUACCAAGUGCUUUCCUCAAAUUUGUCUGUCUUAACCAAUCACUUUUUCCAAAUCAAUCACCAGAAGCAGACACCCAUGGUGGUGAUUGGCUGGUUGCCUUAGCUGAUUGAUGCUGAAAUCGACGUAGUAGAUACCCAUGUGUAUAAGGGAGAGGUUUAGUGGCUGAAAGUUAGUGUUAUUCUACAUCUGCAAAGGCAAGUAAGUGUUCUCCCUCUGCCUCAUAUGAGAUGGUGUCAUCCACCCUUACCUUGUAGUAUCCUGCCCAGCCAAGAUCUGCAUACGAUUGUGAUUCAUGAGCAUUUGGUGCUGUUCAGAGCAAGAACUGAUUUUAAAGUUCCUUUCAAAAGAAACACGUAAGAUUUAACCAGCAGAGGCAUCGUGCACAGGUCUCAAUGUUAGGAAAUGUACUCCCACGUGGGCUUGGUUUAACAGGGCAUCGUGUGGUAACUAAGGUUUUGGAGCAUCUGCAGGAAAGAUUGUUCUCUAGGGCUUGAGUAUUGAGUUACUUUCCGGGAGACUUUACCUUCACUUGCAUUCAGUACCCUCUGUGUUCUGUCUGCUUUGACAGCAACCAGAGGCCUCUGUGGUGGUUGAUAAGAGGGUGACACUAUCCUCAGAAAGGGGUUUAUGGACUCCCUCAGGUGGAGAACCUCUGAGAACACAGGCAGGGUGGAAGAAGACUGCUACUCCUUGUACCUUCCCAGUCCCUCCUUGUCCUGUCUCUCAUUGCCUUUCUGGCUUCUCUUUCCUGGCACAAUGCCAUUUGAGUUUGUGCCACAGUCUGGAGCAAACAUUGCCUGACCCAUUCUGCACACUUCAGAAUAUGGAAGAAGUUUCUCUGCAACAGAUGUUUUCAUCUUGGAAGUCCCAGUAGAAUGGAGCCACUUCUGGAAUAAUGUGUUCAAUCAUCUGUAUAUUAUAUAUAUAUAUAUGUGUGUGUGGAGAGAAAAUCUAAUUUUUUUUUUUUUUUUGGUUCUCCCCUUUCUCAUGAAGAAUCUUGGUUUUUUAAUAUCACCUGUCUCCUGGGACUCUCAAAUGCGCGUUAAUAUGGGUUGGUGCACCUCUGCUUUCCAUGUUUGAGGGGCGUUGCAGCCCCAGGCAGGGUCAUGUGUGGCAGUUGCUGAACAGGGAUGAGGAGAAGGGUUUUGUCACCUACCUGCUGCUGCCUCAGCUCAGCUUUUCUGAUCACAUGCGGCUCUUGGAAAGGAAGUCCUAGUCUUUUUCCUGCCUCAGUUUCCUUCCCUAGGAGGAGUACGGGUAGAAAGUCAAGAGGGUGAUUUCUAGCUUCCUUAUAUCCCAGCCAGCUCAGGCUAAAUCCCAAAAGAAUUUUCUUCUAAGGAUGUGAGCUAAGAGCCCUCAUGCCCUGUGGGAACUGCUCCUGCUGGCGCUGGCAUCCUUCAGUUUUUCUUUAUGAGUUCUAGUGUCCUGUUCAGAAAUAUAACCCUUGUGCAACCCACUCUUGGUUGAGGGUCAUAAAUUGAGGUGCCUUCCUUGUGUACUUUUUGUUAGUGUUUUUGUUUUUGUUCCUUAACUGUUGAGCCUCAGCCAGUGUGGGUCCUUGGGGAAAAUACCAUUCCAGAGGACGCUAUCCCUCCAGGGAAAUUGGAUUUUACUGGGUAAAUUAGUAUUCUCAGUCCUUCCCUACCGGCUCUCCUUCCCUAGAUAAAAAAUGAUCAAAGAAUGAGCACUAGGGAAUUUCCUCCUAAGAAGACUUUCCCCAGCACAAGGGGUUACUCCAGGGAGGCCCAUAAAAUGGGCACCAUCUCUGGAGGCUUUGGAUAGAGUGGAAAUUUCCCAAGGAACCUCCUUGCUUUAGCCCCUUCCCCUCUAUCUGCACUACAUUUCUAGCUUGAUUUCCCAGAUCCCUGCUAACGGAAGAAGCUUAGAAGUCCUGAAGAUGGAAUAAAGUCACAUGAAAGCAAAAUAAGACUAUAUAUAUAUCUAUAUAUAUUUUCAGUUUUUUUGCCUUAUUGCUUUUUUUCAAAAAAAAAAACUACUAAAUUAAAUAAUUUUUAAAAAUCUA